CGUAAGGGCAAAACAACCAAAGAAGCUCCAAGUUUCUACAAAUUUCUUCAGAGUUGCCGUGCUGUAUACGCCACUAUGAAUUCCUUGUAUUUCUGCGGAGGAGCUCAUUAUGCGAACGGUGACUAUCCGCUGCACAGUUUGAACUCCCUGGCCGUUUUUUACGAUUUGCACCACCAGAUGGCGGAGCGGUACCAAAGUUCCACAGGCAGUCCCUCUUCCGUACACACUUUCUCUGUGGCCGAGAGACUGGCAGAGCUGAUCCUGGAGGCGCGGUACGGGAACCAGCAGAAGCAGAGGCGAAGCCGCACGGCCUUCAGCGGGCCCCAGCUGCAGGCCCUGGAGCACGCCUUCCAGCAGACGCAGUACCCCGACGUGGGCAUGAGAGAGAGGCUGGCCGUCUGCGUCAACCUGCCCGAGGCCCGCGUUCAGGUGUGGUUCAAGAACCGGCGGGCCAAGUUCCGGAAGGGCCAGCGGUGCGGCCCGACUCCCAGGGAACCGGGUUCGCAAGACCUCCCUCAGAACCGGGAAGGGAAGGAGGAGAAGCGGACCGGGGACGAAGGAGAACCCAAACUGUCCUCAGAAGACUCUCCGUUCAGGGCCGUUAGCGCCAGUUCUUCCACUUCCAGCCCUGGAGACCUCGGGGCGAUCCAGUCUUACCCGGGACCGGUUUCUCCCUUCGUAGGCAGGGACCAUCACCCCCACCUGCAUCAGCCCUGCACCAUGGACCUGCUGCCAGGCGGCCUACACCUCUCCCCCGGUUUCUGGCCCUUUCUCCAUCAGCACGCCCCGGUCUUGGGCGUUGCACCAGUGGGUAAAAGCAGCAGUACUUCCAUACACACUGUCGGUCCCGGCAUGGCCCUGUCUCUCCCCCACCUGGACCUGUAG